AUAUUGCUGUGAGAAAUGGGGCAUUGUACUAUUUUUAAGCAAUUUGUGCAUUUGUCAUCCUCAGUGACUCACGUGAUAGUAGGACAUGUACUACAUGACGUCCCUGGACAAACUGUCUGUCCCCACUGCCAGCAGUCAGUGGUCACCAGGACAGAGCGCACAGCAGGCCUGAUGACCUGGGCUAUCUGUGCUGGCCUCGGCGUCUUUGGGUGUUUUCUUUGCUGUUGUAUACCAUUCUGCAUUGAUUCCUGUCAAGAUGUGGAGCACCGUUGUCCUUCCUGCCAAAGAAUCAUCUACGUUUACAAGCGAAUGUGAAACCAACUCUGAUUAAGGAAGAAGACCUAAAUUCUUAUCUGCACCUUUACUUACUCUUUGAUUAUUUUUACACUGAUCAAAAUGAUACCGUAAAAUACAUUUAUCCUAUGCUGACAUUGUCCUGGUAAUUUUGCUACUUUUUCACAUUUCAAUGCUAACGACGUAAGCCUCACACUACAGGGAGUCACAUUAAGCAGUGAGUGGUGAACUUGUAAUUCAAUACAAAACUCUUACAUGAUGCUAUUAUUAUAUUAUUUCAUAAUACAAACACAAACAAUUAUGUUGAUGAAAGAUAUACAAAAUAACUGUGUCUUCUGUAGUUAUGAGUCUCUGUAAAACCAAGACAACAAGAUUAACCACUGAUAAGAGAAAACAGACGUUGUAAUUUUUAUUAGUAGUUUUAAUUUUUUAAGUCCUUACACAUGUGGUCGACACGGAUAUACUCAUAAAAGAAAUAGUAAAGAUAACAAAACAUAAAAGCGUACAUUUGUGAGUGUAGAGAGGGUAGAAUCUGUUUGGAUAACUGCUGUCUUUGGUGAAAUAGAUAUUGUUUUUCUAUUUUGGCAUUGCCUCCGGUUUCGGAGAAAUCAUGUUUUGUUAAAUUCUUCAAGGUAACCUUUUUGGAAGGCUGUUGUUCCUUUGACAUGUGUUUUGCUAAGAGGCUCCUAGCCAUUGUGGUUUGCUGAUCUUUUUUCAACGUUUAUCUAUCUAACUAAUCCUCUAAUAACUCCUAAUAUUAAUAGCCGAGUAUGGAUUUCUAAUCUGCUGUUCCUAGACCUGCUCUUAUUAGAUAAGCACUGAGCGGUAAAACACCACAGCAACAUGGAGGUCUCUCAGCUGGUGCAUCUUUCUCCAGAGAGGGCUGUACCAAAAUGUAAGCAUAGUAUACACAAAGUAAAACAUAAUGCAUAACAACGCAGGGCUAGCUCAAAAGCACAACAGAACUUGAUACAGUCUAUUGCUUUAGAAAGGAUGUGCCUGUUUUUGUCAACCUCCUUAUGAUGCUUACUGAUCCCUUUCCUGUAGCCUUCAUUGAGUUGGACAGUUGUGUUUACUUUCCUUAACAUGCUGGUCGCAUAGUAAUUUCCACGUGGAUUCUAGUUUGUUCAUGCUUUUUAUUUUUUAUUUUUAAUAUGUGCUUUCAGUCGCAGACACCUGUCUUGAUCCAAGCUGGGUCUGAUCCUGACGUUUGAAAAAUUAGGCAGGGGAAGCAAAAAAUACUAAUAAUAUUUGCUGGCUGUACUGCUUUUUACACUGAUCAACAUUAUAAUGUAAAAUACAAUUAUGCUGAAAUUGUCCAUGGUUAUUUUUCGCUUUUUCACAUUUGAAUGCUAAUGACAUAUGCCUCACACUUUGGGGAUUCUAAAUAAGCAGUGAGUGGUGAAUUAGUUAAAUAAAAAGCUGUAAUACGAAAA